UUGACAUCAUCAAAGAAGCGUAUCUUUGGACUAAGUGACAUGAGUUUUUUGCGAUAGUGUAAUGUGUAAUGUUUUUCCAAUAAAAAGUCAUUUGGAUUAACUAUAUCUUGCGUAAAGUACACAUUUUAACAUCCAGACGAUUCUCAGAACGACUUUCGGCCAUGGCAUCAUUACGACUGAGCUUAUGUAGACAGUUUCCGAAACCAAAUUUCCGAUUCGAACAAUUUCAAAUUAAACGUUUUCAAUCGACUACGGUACAACCUGAGGUUAAAGAAGUCCAAAUAAAAUUUCCAUGGGGCCAUGUUGCUGGCAAAUGGUGGGGUCCAGAUAAUGUUCGUCCUAUCGUCUCACUUCACGGAUGGCAAGAUAAUGCUGGUACCUACGACACUCUUAUUCCGUUACUUCCAUCGCAUAUGAGCUAUCUGGCUAUUGAUUUACCAGGACAUGGCCUGUCAUCACACUUACCUGAUGGCGUAUCCUACAACACUUUUGACUUCUUGUAUGUCAUUAAGAGUAUUUGUCAAAAUUACAAAUGGGACAAAAUAUCCAUAAUGGCUCAUUCGAUGUCGGCCCAGUUAGGAUAUUAUUUUGCUGGAUCAUUCCCAGAUCAAAUUGACAUUCUGAUCAGUUUAGAUGUUCUAAAACCACAUUCGAAAGCUGCACAUAAAAUGGUGAACGACAUAUCAAAGAGAAUCGAAGCUAUGAUACUUCAUGAUGCCAGAAGAAAAUUGAAAAGUGAUCCACCGUGCUAUACCUACGACGAAUUGGUGAACAGACUAUAUGAGGGCACUUUCAAAUCGGUUACCAAAGAAACAGCACCAUACUUACUGAAUCGAAACAUUGCAAAAUCGACUACUCAUCCUGAUAAAUUUUACUUUACUCGCGAUAAUCGACUGAAGGGACUGAAUUAUGCAAUCCCAACACACGAUGUUAACCUAGAAUUAGCUAAGCGAAUCGUCUGUCCACACUUGUUUAUCAAGGCCACCAACUCACCGCUUUAUGAGAAAGAGCAUUUCUACUUAGAGGUGUUGAACCUUUUGAAACAAAAGUCAACAUUUAAAUUUGUCACUGUUGAAGGCACACAUCAUGUUCAUAUGACCGAUCCCACUAAAAUUUCGGCAGACGUGUCCGAUUUUAUUAAUAAGAAUCGACCGCAAUAAUGUUUAGUGAUUUAUACGUUUUGUGUACCAAAUUCAAGCAGUUUUUGCUUGUCGUUGAUAUUAUAAACGAAUGUACCCAACCGUUCUAAAGUAUUUCUUCUAAAAAGUCGCAAAUUUGAUUGGAACAUAUUUAGUGAAUUUAGUUUACGAAAUCUUGGGAGAUUGAAUUAUUACAUCCACUUUGUCGAAUGCAUUUUUAACAAUUUAAGAAAAAGAAAACUAUUAAUUUUGUGCAUAUCAUAACGAUUUUCCAAUCAUAAUGUCAAUGAAUCACAGAGUGAAUUCCAGUCAAAGUUUUAAGAAAACUAAAAAAAUCGAAUUAAAUUGACCAAAUUUUUUUUUUACUUAUAAUCAAUGUGCAUAAUUGUACCCUAUCUAAAAGGGUGAAGCUAAAUGCAGCCGUAAAUCUCGAUUUUGUU